GAGAGAUAACUAAAAAGAAAACAAGUCUUUUGGACAAAAUAUAAUCCUUGAUUUUCUCUUCAAAAAUGUCACCCCCAUAAAAACUGAAGAAAUAAAGUUAACCACUUAACAGGAAAAAAAAACAGAGAGAGAUAAAAAUGAUUUUACAUUUGAUCAAAUAUUCCAUUGUAAAUUGGAAAAGAUUUCAUUGUAAAAAAAAACGGAAAGAGAGAGAUAAAACUGAUUUUGCAUUUAAUCAAAUAUUCCGUUGUAAAUUGGAAAAGAUUUCAUUACCAAUGAGUAAUGUUGGAGAAUAUUUUGACGAAAGUGUUGAUGGAGAAUCGUCGUCUUCCGCAGCAGAGACAGAGGCGAAAGCUAAAUCAUUACAAAAAUUGAAGGAGAAGGUAAGGGUAAGUAGGACGUCUAUGAUAUUAUGGCAUGCACAUCAAAAUGAUGCAUCCGCUGUAAGAAAACUUUUUGAAAAAGAUAGAUCAUUAAUUCUUGCUAGAGAUUAUGAUCAGAGGACUCCGUUACAUGUAGCUUCUUUACAUGGUUGGAUUCAUGUUUCUAAAUGUCUUCUUGAAUAUGGCGCUGAUGUUAAUGCUCAAGAUCGCUAGAAAAAUACGCCCCUAGCUGAUGCAGAGGGAGCUCGAAAGCAUACUAUGGCCGAGCUAUUGAAAUCAUAUGGUGGUUUGUCCUAUGGUCAAAACGGCAGUCAUUAUGAACCUAAGCCUGUUCCACCACCACAGCCAAACAAGUGCGAUUGGGAAGUCGACCCUUCCGAGCUUGAUUUCUUUAAUGCAAACAUGAUUGGAAAGGGUUCUUUCGGUGAGAUUCUGAGAGCUUCUUGGCGUGGAACACCAGUAGCCAUCAAACGAAUUCUUCCGAAUCUCUCUGAUGAUAGAAUGGUUAUGGAACCUAACUCGCGAUGCUCCUCGUGAUUCAUCCAGGACUUCAGGCACGAGGUUAACUUGUUAGUGAAGCUUCACCACCCAAAUGUUGUCCAAUUUCUUGGAGCAGUCACUGAAAAGAAACCACUAAUGCUAAUUACCGAGUAUUUGAGAGGGGGUGAUCUCCAUCAGUACCUCAAGGAUAAGAGUUUACUUAGUACCACAUCAGCUAUUAACUAUGCGUUAGACAUUGCCAGAGGCAUGGCUUAUCUCCAUAACGAGCCAAACGUAAUCAUUCACAGAGAUUUAAAUCCAAGGAAUGUUCUUUUGGUCAAUUCUAAUGCAGACCAUUUGAAGGUGGGAGAUUUCGGAUUAAGCAAGCUCAUUAAAGUUCAGAAUUCCCAUGAUGUGUACAAAAUGACCGGAGAAACUGGAAGCUACCGGUAUAUGGCUCCAGAGGUCUUCAAGCAUCGAAAAUACGACAAGAAAGUGGAUGUUUUUUCGUUUGGGAUGAUAUUGUAUGAGAUGCUAGAAGGAGAUCCACCAUUUGCGGGCCUUGAACCUUGUGAUGCCGCGAAACAUGUAGCUGAAGGACACAUACCGCCAUUUCGUUCAAAAAAUUCCCUCCAUGAACUCAAAGAGUUAACAACUCAGUGUUGGAGUGCUGACAUGAACCAUAGGCCAUAUUUUCUGGAUAUUCUCAAAAGGCUUGAUAAGAUUAAAGAUAACUUACCAUCACCGGAUGUUUAUCACUGGCACAUCUUUACUCCAUAGUUAAUGUUAUGUAUGCUUUGUAAUUUAUUAAAGUUAUCAAUUAGAGCUAUCCGAUUUUAAGCCUAAUAAUGAUAUUUUCUUGAUAGUGUCGGUCCUGAGAAAUUGAUGCCUCGAAGUUAAUCUUCGAGAUGUCGCCCCUAUAUGGAAGAAGAGAAAAAACUAGAAUUUUCUUUUUA